UGGAGAACUAAGAAUCUAUAUCUCUCCUGCCUGCUCAUUGUUUCUCAGCUUACUUCCACCAUCGAUCGACCUUUCUACGAUCAUUCUAGAAGCUUCCAUUGUUCUGUGUAGAAUUUCCAUUUCUAUUUUUUUUUGUGUAGUCGGUAAGGCAUUCAGAAGUAACAGAACCCGCCCCCCAAACAAAAAUAGAACCCGUUUCGAUGGAGUUGUACGGUCGCAUCCCGACACGGAAUGGGUCGCAAUCGGUUCAUCGGCCCGAAUGGAGUCCUGCUGGUCCCGGAACUGGCUUGGAAGAAUCGAUGUGGCAAAUGUCGUCGAGGGGUACGGAAUCGUACCCGGAACGGCCCGGAGUACCUGAUUGUGUUUACUACAUGCGAACCGGUCUAUGCGGGUAUGGUAGUAGGUGCCGUUACAAUCACCCUCAAAACCGUGCUGCCGUUGAGGCUGCCGUAAGAGCUACAGGGGAGUACCCUGAACGACCAGGGGAACCUGCCUGCCAGUUUUAUUUAAAAACUGGGACUUGUAAAUUUGGUGCAUCCUGUAAGUUUCACCAUCCAAAAAACGGAGGUGGAUCCUUUAGCCAUGUUCCACUGAAUAUCUAUGGAUAUCCAUUACGACCGGGUGAGGAAGAAUGCUCCUAUUAUUUGAAAAUGGGGCAAUGCAAAUUUGGUGUUACUUGUAAAUUCCAUCAUCCUCAGCCAGCUGGUACAUCAAUGCCAGCAUCUGCACCUCAAUUUUAUCAGUCGGUGCAGUCUCCUUCAGUUCCUAUGCCGGAACAAUAUGGGGGAGCAUCCACCAGUGUGAGAGUGGCAAGGCCUCCACUAAUGCCUGGUUCAUAUGUUCAAGGGGCUUAUGGUCCUGUGCUGUUUUCCCCUGGAGUGGUUCCUAUUCCGGGAUGGAGUCAUUACUCGGCACCCAUAAGCCCGGUACUAUCUCCUGGUGCACAACCUGUUGUUGGAGCAACUUCUCUCUAUGGACUAGCACAACUAUCUUCUUCAACACCCUCACUUGCAGGAUCCUAUCCUUCCUUGCCUUCUUCUACUGGCCCUUCAAGAAGUAAUCAGAAGGAGCAAACAUUCCCAGAGAGACCUGGUGAACCUGAAUGCCAAUACUAUUUGAGAACUGGUGACUGUAAAUUUGAAUCAUCUUGUAGGUAUCAUCAUCCCAGAGACAGGGUUGUGCCACGAACAAAUUGUGCCCUCAACCCAAUGGGACUUCCUUUACGUCCGGGUGUGCAGCCUUGUUCAUUCUACUUGCAGAAUGGUCACUGCAAGUUCGGGUCCACGUGCAAAUUCGAUCACCCUGUGGGAACAAUAAGAUUUAGUCCAUCAGCAUCAUCUCUCAUUGAUAUGCCAGUUGCUCCUUAUCAAGUUGGGUCUUUACUGGCUACAUUGGCACCUUCUUCUUCUUCUGAUUUACGGCCGGAGCUUAUUUCAGGGCCUAAGGAGGAUUCUUAUUUGAGCAGGAUUCCUUCAUCUGCUAGCACAUCUAGUAGUUCGGUUGGUUUGAUUUUUUCACUGACGGGUUCUGUUCCUCUUUCCGAUUUGCAAUUUUCAAGUCAGAGUGCUGUUCCUCUAAGCAGUAGCAGAAGCAUAAGACAUGGUGGUGAGGUCCGUCGCACAAAUUGAUGUAAAAUGUUAGAGCCAUUCUUCAUUAUCUCGCAGAUACGGUGAUGUAUUUUCCUGUUAAUAGAUCUGGGUACAUUAUAGUCAAUUGUGCAAAGUUACAUUUAUCAGCUGCAAGGCUUAUCGACCAAUCUGCUUAGCUCAGAAUAGAACUGAUUGUAUUUAUGCCUAGCUUGUUUUUUUAUUACCAUCAAUAUUAUACGCAAUAAGCUGUUGUAGCAGAGUAUGAACCAGUAUCCCUUUCUUCCAAAUAAUCACAACAUAAAGCCUCUAUAUCAGGUUAGCCUGUGACCAUGCUUUCAGCUUGAUGUUUUGUAUUCCAUCAUUUUGCAAUUAACACUUUAGGUGGAUU